AGGAAGUCAGCAAGUUUGCCUCUUUGUGCAUGCGUACCUUUUCCCUCUCACAUUCCUGAAAUCUGUCAGGAACUCGUUCAGCUGAGGAGUCUGGGAUCAUGAUGAGUCCCAUCGUCGUCUGUCUGCUGCUGCUGAUGUCCAGUUCAGCAUUUCUCACCCGAGGCCGGGCGGAAGAGCUUUCGGAUCCUGGAGCGUCCACCGGGAGGUCCCUGCUGCGCUACCCGUGGUACCCGGUAGAGUAUCCUCCCCCUCCAUACGACCCAGUUCCUGAGGUUCCCGCUCCGGCCCCCGCCCCAUCGAGUACAGGGCCGGUUGUCAGAACCCCAGCUCCUUCACCGGGCCCCGCUCCCGUACCUGCACCGAGAGGCCCGGCCCCCGUUCCUUCGCCUAGAGCUCCUACUCCGGCCCCCGUUCCAGCACCGAGGGCUCCCACUCCAGCGCCCGUUCCAUCUCCGAGAUCUCCCGUCCCUGCCCCGGCUCCUGUUCCGGUUCCACGAACGCCUGUCCCAGCUCCUGUCCCCGCUCCCAGAGCUCCUUCUCCAGCCCCUGCUCCCAGGACUCCCGUCCCAGCUCCUGUCCCCGAUCCGAAAGCUCCUAAUCCAGCCCCCGUUCCUGCUCCUGCUCCUGCUCCCAGAGCUCCUGUCCCCGCUCCGGUCCCCGAUUUCACAGCUCCUACUCCGGCACCUGUCCCCGCUCCGAGAGCUCCUACUCCAGCCCCUGUUCCUGCACCUGCUCCUGCUCCCAGGGCUCCUGUCCCAGCUCCUGUCCCCGCUCCGAGAGCUCCUACUCCAGCCCCUGUUCCUGCACCUGCUCCAGCUCCCAGGACUCCCGUCCCAGCUCCGGUCCCCGAUCCCAGAGCUCCUACUCCAGCACCGGUUCCUGCACCGAGGGCUCCCACUCCAGCGCCCGUUCCAUCGCCCGGAGCUCCCGCUCCUGCUCCCAGGGGUCCCGUCCCUGCCCCGGCUCCAGUCCCAGUGCCACGAACGCCCGUCCCAGCUCCGGCUCCGGCUCCAAGAACUCCGACUCCGGCACCAGCCCCGGCGCCAAGAGGUCCAGCCCCCGUCCCAGCACCCGUCCCUCCGGUCUAUUCACCACCGGAAUACCUGCCGUGCUCGCUCAACCGCGACUGCCGAUACAAUCCCGCAGGCCCGACCUGCUGCUUCGGCAAGUGCGUCGACACGAAGACGGACGAGAAGAACUGCUUAGUUUGUGGACUACGGUGCUUGUCGGGCUUCACUUGCUGCGGCUCCCUCUGCCUCAACCUGGACAUCGACCCGUUCAACUGCGGCGCCUGCGGUUACAAGUGCACCAAGCCCAACCUCUUCCCGUGGCUGCCGCCUCUCGUCGGCAGAUGCCGCGACGGCGCGUGCGUCUAGACCGCGACCGGACCGAUGGCCAUAAGUUCUACGAGGUCAAAAUAAGCGGGAAAUGUUCGUGGGCGACGCGCCGGCUCGCAGAGUUUUGCAAGUCGUCUCCUCGUUUAUGGACGUGAUUUUUGUCAGAUUCAGAGAUGACGAUCAUCUUCUUUGCCCUCCGUGUUGGAACUCACUGUUAGAGUACGGCGAUAGCUACGGAAGCAAUGUCUUCGGUAUAUCUUAGUAUGAGAAUAACCUCUUUUAAGUCGACAAGAUGUAGAAUAAUGGAAACAUGAAUGAGAAAUAUUCUCACUUUUGAGUAUCCCGGUCCAGCUUCUCAGUGUCAUGUAAUCGAAUUCUAUCCACGUUCAUUUUCAGCUGGAAAGCUACAUUCAUGCUG